CGUCCCGCCGCACCGGGAGUCCUCACCGCUCCUCCGCCGCACGCGCUGAUCACCGUACACACUGAGCCAAUCCCAGCUCAGCCCACGAGCCAAGCAGGAAGGAAGGCAGGCGGGCUGGCGCGCGCACCGCUCGGUUUGUUUCAGCACGGUGAAGAAGAAGUGAAAUUUGACUUGAAGCUUGUUCUGUGAAAGCAGUGUGAGUAAGGACUCACACUGGACUAUUUGUCCAGAGUCUGCAUGUCAGCCUGUGUGCCUCCAUGAUAAGCACCACAUUCUCCUUCUAGACACUUCCCCUUCCAGCCUGGCUCCACAGAGUCAGUGUGUGUCUUGGCUCUGUCUGCCAGAGCUAAUGACGACAAGACCGGACCGCCUCGGCAUGGAGAGGACGUGGACCACUAGGUCAAAGGAGCUGUCGCUCGGCCUGACAGCACCGGGUGUUCCACCGCUGAGCUUGAGCUAAAUUGACGGUUCGGUGGAGGGUGAGAAAGAAAGAAGGGAGAACGAAAGGAGUGAAAGAUGGAGAUAUAGUGAUAGAGGAUGUAAGACAGAUGGAUGAAAAGAAGGGAAAUGAUGGAUGAAAGUGCGAGAGAGAAAACAAAUAAGAGGCCACAAAGUAAAUAUGACAAUAAAUAAAAUAUUAAGGAACAAUACGGUCAUGUUUUAAACUAUAACAUUAUAGAUGGGUGACUGCAGUUCUCUUAGGGGGGACCUCUGCAAAUUUUUACACAUUGAAAUGUGUUAACAAGUCUUAGGGACUACUACUGCAUAUGGAAAAAAGUAGUGUAAAAUAUUUUGUUGCUUCAGAGGAAGUUGCACGUAAUCUGGUUAAUUGCCCUGACUGUGACUGAUGUCACUUAGUGAUUACAUGCAUUGUCAGUAAUAUAGGCACUAGGUCUAGAAGAGGAAGAUAAAUGCACACAUUAAAAAUGGUGAUUUCUCUGGUUCUGCUGUUCUGCUUUUGAUUAUUUAAUUUAAACCUACCAUGAUGAUUCCAACACUGUUAAAUGAGGAUCAAAGUAAAGACUGAAAGCCUGAUUUUAAAAACCUGCUGCCUACACUACCCAGAUUCCAAUUUAGCCAAUGGUGGAGCACCAGUGCCUCUGGUCAAUUUUCAAAUUAAAACACCCUGUACUGACUUGGCAUCUAUAGCACGACAAAGUUGGAAAUAUCAACAGACAAAAACAGAAACAAUUUAGCAGUGGACUGCUUUUUAAAACCUGCCACUGACAUUACCCACAAUGCAACAUGGCCAGUAUGUGACUUUACUGGAGGAAAUGUCAGAUUACAUGCAGCUUCCUCUGGAGGAACUAAACACUGUAUACUACUUUUUCAAGAUACAUAGUAGUAUUCACCAAGAGCUGUAAACACACUCUGUGUAAAAUUGGUGGAUUACCCUUUAAUUUAGAUGAACAAAUCUGCAAUAUAAUCAGUUUUUGGCAGAAGUUUUGACAGCCAAUCAUGCAUGCUUCAUAACUGUUACUGACAAGUGUUUUUCUUAUCUGAUUUGGUCUGAUUUUAAACAGGACUGCAAUACACUGUGAGGUGUUCUUUUUAUUUUGUGCGCACCUCUUGAAGUGUUGGGAUUGUGAUGCUAUGUAUAACCUGCAGCCUGAAAGCAUGACCUCAGUGCAGUCUGUAGAGGAUUUUAAGUCAAUCUGAGCAGACAUGAGCGCCCCCUGGUGAAACUUUACAGGAUUGCAUUGGCCAUAAAACAAUGCUGAAGUCUGUGAACUUCUGGUGGAGGAAGAACUCAGCCUCUUUACUGAAGUAACAGUACUGACAUCACAGUAUUUAUUUUGUACAAGUAAGAGUCAUCAACUAAAACUAAAGAAAAAAUAUUUGCAGUCAGUCAUUGUACAGUUUUAGGGUGCCCAUAGACAAUUAGUUUGUUUUGUUGGCUUGCACAUUUUAAAACACAUCUCAUAACAUAUAAGCUCUUGAAAUACUUUAUGAACUAAUGCACCGCAAUAACAAACGAACUCCCGCUUUGUGAGGUGCCGCGGGGACAGGACAGGAGGGGCCCAUGUUGUGGUCGGUUCCGGUCUGCGGUCAAAUGGGACGAUGCGGUCACUGGCUGGUCGGGCUGUACUCGUCGUUCACCCUGAGCCAAGUUUCUCGCCAUGUGUGCCUCUCUAUUGUGAGCAGGCAGCAGCUCCCUCUGCAGGGGGCCCAGCUGCUGCUGAAAGGGACGUCCUGGAUCGUUCCUGUGGAUCAGACCUCAGACUUGAGCCUGCUGAGUGUUUUGGUCUCUUCUCCGCUCUCUGUUGUCUGGCUCUCCAGUGUUUUUUGUUUUGUUUUUUUUACGCACACAAGUUACAGAGGAUACUGCAUGUUGCUCUAUGUCUUCUUACUCUCCUCCUGAUGGCCCUCAGGGGCCGAAAGAGCCACCACCACUACUCCCAUCUGGACCACACAAAAUAUCCCCCUCCUCCUGGCCCAACGCCGUGGCCCCUUGUUGGCAAUCUGCUGCAGAUGGGGGAACAGAUUCAUCUUUCUCUAACCAACUUGAGGCUCCAGUACGGUGAUGUUUUCAAGAUGCGUCUGGGCUCUUUGACUGUUGUCGUCCUAAGUGGAUACUCCACCAUUAGACAGGCACUGGUUCGGCAGGGAGACGCUUUCGCUGGCCGACCUGACCUGUUCACCUUUUCCGCUGUAGCCAAUGGGACCAGUAUGACCUUCAGUGAGAAAUAUGGACCGGCCUGGAUGCUUCAUAAGAAGCUGUGUAAGAAUGCCCUCAGGUCUUUCUCCCAGACUGAGCCCAGAGGAUCUGGUGCCACCUGCCUGCUGGAGGAGCAGGUCUGUGCUGAGGCGGCUGAGAUGGUGGAGGUUAUUCGGGAACAGGCCGCUGCUAAAGGAGAUAAGACAGGUGUAGAUCCAGUGAUGCCCCUGGUAACCUCAGUGGCAAAUGUGGUUUGUGCUCUCUGUUUCGGGAAACGGUAUGACUACAAUGACAAGGAGUUCCUCACGAUUGUUCAUAUCAACAAUGAGGUCCUGAGGAUCUUUGCAGCAGGAAACCUGGCCGAUUUUUUCCCCGUGUUCCGCUACGUUCCGAGUCCGUCUCUUAGGAAGAUGGUUCAGCACAUCCGCAGGAUGAAUGGAUUCAUGGAGCGGAGCAUUGAGGAGCACAUCAGUACCUUUGAUAAGAACUGUAUCCGGGACAUCACAGAUGCUCUGAUUGCACUUUGUGAGGACAGAGAUGAGAGUAAGGACAUGACCAUGCUCACCAACUCUCAGAUCAUUCACAGUGUCAUUGACAUCUUUGGAGCAGGAUUUGACACCAUCAUUGCUGGUCUACAGUGGAGCCUUUUGUACCUGAUCAAAUUUCCUGAUAUCCAGGACAGAAUACACCAGGAGAUAGACGAUCACAUUGGCACAGCCAGACUGCCCAGGUUCUCAGAUAAGCCCAAGAUGCCAUUUACAGAGGCAUUCAUAUAUGAAGUGUUUCGUCAUGCUUCAUAUGUCCCUUUCACCAUUCCUCACUGUACCACGAGAAACAUCACCCUGAAUGGAUAUUUCAUUCCCAAAGAUACAUGUGUGUUCAUUAACCAGUAUCAGGUUAAUCAUGAUAUAGAUCUUUGGGGCAAUCCAGACACAUUUCACCCUGAACGCUUCCUGGGAUCAUCAGGCACCCUCAACAAGGAGCUGACGGAGAAAGUUCUCAUCUUCGGCAUGGGGAAGAGACGCUGUCUUGGCGAUGGAUUUGCACGUUUGGAGAUGUUUGUCUUCCUCACUACGCUGCUCCACAGGCUGCGGAUUGAAAAUGUUCCAGGGCAGGAAUUGGAUCUUAGCACAGACUUUGGUCUGACUAUGAAACCGCGUCUGUACAGGAUUACCGUCUCCUCAAGGUUUUAGACCACCAAAAAACAAAUUAUGCUGAAUUAUUGUUGUUAUGAUGAUGAUGAUGAUGAUGAUGAUGAUGAUGAUGAUGAUGAUGAUGAUGAUUAUUAUUAUUAUUAUUAUUAUUGUUGUUGUUGGCCUUCGUCUUUGGCUUUUCUUAAGAUAUAGUACCUCAUAUCAUUGUUCACAGACUGGAGUUUCUGUUUUGGCAAAUGUGGUCACAAAAGGGAAAUAUACUGUAUGUACAAAAGUAUUUCUCAAAUUUUAGAAAUUGUCUAGAAAUAGGGUUGAAUAUUAACUAACUACAUGAUUAAAUUCAACACCAUAUUAACGAUAGUCUAGGGUCAUUCAAAGUGCUUCAGUGCUUGUACUUGGAAAGGCUCCCUCCUCCUUCCUGUCCCACCACAUUAAAAAUGAAACUAAAUUUAAAGCAGCGCCUCAUUAAAAGCUUUUAUCUCAAGCUAUUAGUUCCAGUUAAACACUGAGGGAGGGAGACACAGGCUGUUUCAGAUUGGAGAUCAGUGCUACAGGCGUCAAACUGUGUUCAUGCAGGGUUCAUCUUGGCUCUGUUGGUCCUCUCCUCCUUCUCCUUGCUUCAACUUUUUUCCUAUCUCCUCCUCACCAGUGGGGUUCCUUUCAUCCUCCCGCCCCCCUCAUGUCCUCAUCUUCUUCCUGCCCUCAUCUUUUUAUUCCAUAGCUCCUCCUUUUUUUGUAGCUUUAAGAUUCUCCUCGGCCGUCAGCACUGUGACCUCCCACACGCUCAGAUUAGACACAUCUUUGAGGGAGGUAAAGAGGACAGCGAAGUGUUGAGUCAGGCAUUUCUAAUUUCGUAAGCUAAAUCAUAAGAAGCGUGGCAGAAUGUGUAUGACUUAGAGAGGAGUCAAGCAGAAUUACUUAGUGGAACUUCAUCCUUAAAUGGCAAGUUUGAAAGUUAUCUUCACAACAACAUUUUCUCUCAAACUUUAAUCCAUCCUAGGAAAGUCUGCCGAGGGACCGUGAUCUUUUCUUGCAGAAUCCUACCUGUAGAUAACAUUUAUAGACACAGUCAUCUAGUGUGUUGUUAUAACAACUGGAUUCAACAUUUCACUAUUUAAUAUAUUAUAGGGAACUUAUUAAGCUCAUUUCCUGCACUACAUUUUUUAUUCUCAGAGCUUUGUAUGAUUAAUUGUUCAAAAAACAUUCCUUCUUCUAUAGACCCUUUAUGCAGCCCCUCAGUUCAUCCUCUGUCUGAAACAAGCCAUUAUAUCUCCAGUCUUCCCUUAAAGCCCACUUUCCUGAUUGGACAAACAUCCAGAAGCCAGUCAGCUUUACGUGUUGAUUAGCUAGUUAGCUCAGUUAGAUGUGCCGCUAGUUGACUACAGCUAGCAGAUUGGUUGAGGUGUUCAACCUCUAGUACAGGUGCUUUGAACCACUGGUAGAAGUGCUAUCACUUUGGUGUCCUUUGACUCGUACAGCAUCAGUAAAACUGUUUGAUCAGUAGUUCAUAACCAAUCGACUGCAUGGCAUUCUCGUCAGUAUUUGAGUUUAUUGCUAAUUUGCAAACUUUAGCAUGCUAACAUGCUGAAUUACAGUGGUGACCAUGGUGAACAUGGAACCCUCUAUUAGCUGAACAUCAGACAUUAGCAGUGGCAAUGUUAACAUGUUAGCAUGCUGAUGUUAGCAUUUAGCUCAAAGCACAGCAUUACUGUAGAGUGUCAAAAUUCAUUUUGAAAUCCCUGGAACUUUUGUGUGUGUGGCAUUAUGGUUUCUUCUUUCCUUUGUAAAAAAUGUUUGUAACUGUGAACAUGUCAAAUGACCUCUUUACAUUUUUAAGUUAAAUGUCAUUGUUUCAGUUAUUGAUGUCAACAGACCUCAUUGGAUAUUCUUGUGAAGAAAAUAACAGAUUAAGUGACACCAACUGACACUGACAUUAAAAUGUUGAAUAUUUUCAAGUAAAACAGUAGUUUGAAUGUCACUUCUAACAAUUUCUUUGUAUAAUGAAAAUCAUAAUAUCUUGUAAUUUGAAAAUAAAA